AUAGAAGCAGUGGGUACAGGAGCACUAGGGCGUAGGAGAUAUAGAAGCACUGGGUACAGGAGCACAGGGCGUAGGAGAUAUAGAAGCACUGGGUACAGGAGCACAGGGUGUAGGAGAUAUAGAAGCACUGGGUACAGGAGCACAAGGUGUAGGAGAUAUAGAAGCAGUGGGUUCAGGAGCACAGGGUGUAGGAGAUAUAGAAGCACUGGGUACAGGAGCACUAGGUGUAUGAGAUAUAGAAGCACUGGGUACAGGAGCACUAGGUGUAGGAGAUAUAGAAGCACUGGUACAGGAGCA